CUUUCUGCCUGUGGACGUUGCCGAGUGAGCAUCGUGAGUUUGUCUCCUUCAGUUGCCACCAUGUCAAAAUCUGAGUCUCCCAAGGAGCCAGAACAGCUGCAGAAGCUCUUCAUUGGAGGCUUGAGCUUUGAAACAACAGAUGAGAGUCUGAGAAGCCAAUUUGAGCAAUGGGGAACUCUCACAGACUGCGUGGUUAUGAGAGACCCAAACACCAAGCGCUCCAGAGGUUUUGAUUUUGUCACAUACGCCACCGUGGAGAAGGUGGAUGCUGCCAUGAAUGCAAGGCCACACAAGGUGGGUGGGAGAGUUGUGGAACCAAAGAGAGCUGUCUCUAGAGAAGAUUCUCAACGACCUGGUGCCCAUUUAACUGUGAAAAAGAUUUUUGUUGGUGGCAUUAAAGAAGACACUGAAGAACACCACCUAAAAGAUUAUUUUGAACAGUAUGGGAAAAUUGAAGUUAUUGAAAUCAUGACUGAUCAGGGCAGUGGCAAAAAGAGAGGCUUUGCUUUUGUAACCUUUGAUGACCAUGAUUCUGUUGACAAGAUUGUCAUUCAGAAAUACCAUACCGUGAAUGGCCACAACUGUGAAGUGAGGAAAGCCUUAUCAAAGCAAGAGAUGACUAGUGCCUCAUCCAGCCAAAGAGGACGAAGUGGUUCUGGAAACUUUGGUGGUGGCCAUGGAGGUGGCUUUGGUGGAAAUGACAACUUCAGCUGUGGAGGAAACUUUAGUGGUCAAGGUGGCUUCAGUGGCAACCGAGGUGGUGGCGGAUAUGGUGGCAGUGGGGAUGGCUACAAUGGAUUUGGCAAUGAUGGAAGCAAUUUUGGAGGUGGUGGAAGCUACAAUGAUUUUGGCAAUUACAAUAACCAGUCCUCCAAUUUUGGACCUAUGAAAGGAGGAAACUUUGGAGGCCGAAGCUCUGGCCCAUAUGGUGGUGGCGGUCAAUACUUCGUCAAACCACGAAACCAACGUGGAUAUGGUGGCUCCAGCAGCAGCAGUAGCUAUGGCAGCGCCAGAAGGCUUUAAUUGCCAGGAAACAAAGCUUAGCAGGAGAGGAGAGCCAGAGAAGUGACAGGGAAGCUACAGGUUACAACAGAUUUGUGAACUCAGCCAAGCACAGUGGUGGCAGGGCCUAGCUGCUACAAAGAAGACUUGUGUUAGACAAUACUCUUGUGUAUGGGCAAAAAAAAACAAACAAA